AUGCUAAUUCUGAUUUUGGUGUUUGUUGACAAGUAUCGCCUGUUCCUGUCAUCAAGUGUACCAAAACGCGGGAACUACAUCAAUGCCAUUACACUUCCUUCCUACACCAUGAACAAGGCAUUUAUAAUAACACCUUAUCCCCAAGCAGGGGACGCUGUAGAUUUUCUGCGCCUGCUCACCGACCACGAAUCAGAUGAAGUCGUUUGUAUGGACCCCCUUACGAAAGUUGAAUCGACAAAGAUGUGGCUACCGGCUGCCAACAGUAAAAAACCCGUCUCUCCAUUCACGGUAAAUUGUGACGGGAACAAGUCACAGUUCAAAUUUUCAACAAUAACUUUCCAAGAAGGGUUGUCUAUGGACGGGGAGGUGGACAUUUUUACUGCCGUCCGUCAGCUACAGAUAAGGCGACCGGAACUCUGCUCCACUCUGGAGGAGUAUAUGAUGAUCUCAAUGUUGUUCUGGACUACAUCCGGGUACAAGAGGAAACAUCAGAGGAAAAUAUUUAUAGCAACCAAUGACAACAUUCUGGAAUGAAAUGUUCAUGAUUUUAAGGGAAAAUUACUUG